GUGAAGAUUUCUUCCAAUUCAAUACGUGUCGCGGUGUGCAAUAGCAACGAAGUAAUGAAAGUCUUGAUCGCUGUAAUCGCCUGUUUGGCAGUUGUCAUGGCAGCAGAGGAAAACAUGGCUCGCGACGAAAGAUCAUCGAAUCCUGCUCCCGGACCUUCAGCAUACAAUGGCCAAGGUGCUCCCAAUUUUGGUGCUAGAGAAGAAAGAUCGCCCAGUGCUGGUCCAGGUGCUUCAGCCUUCAAUGCUCCAAAUGCCCCCACAUUCGGUGUAAGAGAAGAAAGAUCUCCCAUUGUUGGACCUGCUGCUGCUCAAUUCGCUAGCCCUUUGUACCACAUUAGACCAGAGAGAUCAUAUGGUUCUGCUGCUGCUGCGGCUGGUCCCUCUUAUGGCGCUCCUGCUGCUGCGGUACCUGCAUAUAAUGCUGCUGCCAAUCCUGUCUACAGUGCGCCCGCACCACUUACCAUACCCGCUCCACCAUGCCCGAAAAACUAUUUGUUUAGUUGCCAACCAAGUUUGACACCUGCUCCCUGUUCUCAUGUUGCUUAUGGCGGUAACACUGGAUCCUAUUCUCACAACUAUCCCGUCUAUGCUCAGCCUCAAUACAUCAACAAUUUUCGUCCUUACCAAUAGGCCAUAGACGCUGAACCCUUUGACCAAUGUACAGUAAUAAAAAAUGAUAAAUACCAAA